CCUGUAGGUAACUGUAGACUGUAGUCAUUUAUUAAUAAUAAUUUAAUAGUGAUUUUAUUUAUAAAUAAGCAGUUAAAAAUGUACUAUCACCUACUGCGCGACUAAUAAUUAGCAAGAAAAUAUGGAUAGUCCUGCUAAAAUUGAUUUAAGAGCAUCGUUAAAAUGCUUUAAAAAGAUUCCUAUACAUGUGGUGGAGGAACACAAUGAAGCUUUACAAUUUAUAUACUCUGCUAUAGGUGGAAAAAAACUACCCUUAGAAGGUACAACCUUAGUACAUCUAGAUGCUCACCCAGACAUGCUUAUAGACCGUAAAUUGAAAGGAGAGGAUGCUCGGUCCGGAAGAAAACUUUUGCCAUUAUUACAAAUAGAAAAUUGGAUUGUACCCGCGGCGGCGGCCGGCCAUAUAAGUCGCGUAGUAUGGCUGCGACCGCCGUGGGCGAAACAAUUUGCGGAUGGCUCUCGCAUAAUUCACGUUGGCGACCACCCUGUAACAGGUUUACUUCGUGUAGAUAGUAAAGAGCCUUAUUAUAUGUCUGAUGCAUUAUAUUCUCCGCAAUUGGUUAACGGAAGAAAGUUUACAUUGUCUGUUGCGGAACUUAGCGAAACAAACGAAGAGGGAAUAAAAAACAAAAUACAAAAUCUUGAAAUCUGCGAACCUUACGUGCUUGAUAUUGAUUUAGAUUUUUUCAGCACAGCAAAUCCAUUUCUUAAUUUAUAUGAGCAAAUAAAACUGUAUGAUCAGUUGGAACCCAUAUUUGGCUUUAACAUCCCACAGGUUGACGAUGAGAAAACAUACAAAGAAUUCUGUACAUCAAGAGAACAACAUCUGGGGGAACUGCAAGAACUGUUCGAAUAUUUAGAAGAAAAUGGUGAUUUAAAAGAAUACGAAGGACCGAAAUCGGAAUUAUAUCGUAAGAUAUGUGAUUUAAAAGAAGUCGUAGAAGCUGAGGCACAGCGGUUAAACGAAAAACCAGAUUGGUGGAUGAUAUUUGCUGGAGGUUGUACUCGAGAUCAAGGAGGUUUGCCUCACCAUAUAAGUACUGAAGAAGAAAUAGAAGAAAGUGUAAAGAAGACACUGAAGCUAUUCUUGAAAAAUAUGCCCCCUCCUAUUAUAAUAACGGUAGCACGAUCUACUGACGAUGGAUACUGUCCACCACAUCAAAUAAAUUUAAUUCAGUCGUUAGUAUUACAAAUUAUUAGAGAAGUCUACAACACGGAUGAGCCCGUGCUUCAUUAUUUAAAUUCUUGUGACUAAUUGCGUUGUUUUAUAUUCUUAUUAUUGGUACAAGUCACAAUCUCCACCUUAAUAAGAAAUAAUAAAUAAAUAUAUGCUGUUCCUAAG